GCUGGGCUGUGGGGCCGCUGCGGGCGCAGCCCCCCGUGGGCACCCAGAGCCACGGACCUGCACAGCCGGGCCCCGGGGCUGCGCUCCCCACCGGCGCUCGGGGCUCGGCCGUGGCAGGGAACCCUCUCCCCGCUCCCGCAGGCUGAGACACCGCAGUGAAGCAGAUGCCCAAGCCCUUCCCAGUGCCGGAGGAGAAGGCAGAGCCGUGGCCGGCGGGGCAGUACCCGGCCCCCAUCCUGCCACCAGAGCUGGACCAGGAGCCGCAGCUCUGCCGUGCCCUGUUUGACUACGCCCCAGAGCUGCCAGAUGAGCUGCCGCUGCGGCAGGGAGAUGUCAUCCAGGUCCUCAGCAAGACGGAGGCCGAGGGCUGGUGGGAUGGGCAGUGCCGGCACCGCAGAGGGCUCUUCCCCAGCAACUUCGUGGAGCUCCUGCCGGCGCCAGUGCCCACGCAGAGGCUGGGGGCUUUGCUCGAUCCAGAGAACAGCAUGGUUAAAAAGACAAGAGAGGUAGAUUACAGUCAUGAUUAA